AUGGAUGAACAAAAUAAGUUAAUUGAACAAAUGCAAGAAUUAGGCUAUUCAAGAGAAUUAAGUGUUAAGGUUAUAAAAAAAAGUGGAGCAAAAACAAUUGAUGAAAUAUUAAAUUGGAUAGAAUUAACUGAAGAAAACGAAGAUUAUAAUAACUCAGAAGUAGAAGACACUAGCCAAAAUGAUGUUAAUGAAAAAAGUAUGAACAAUUCAGAUAAUAUGAAUAAAGAUAAUUUGGGUAGUACAACUGAAAAUAAAACUAAAUUAAGUCCUGAAGAAGUUCAAAAAAAAGCCUUAGAAUUGCAAAAAAAAAUUAGAGAAAAGAAAUUAAUAAAAGAAAAAGAAGAAGAAUUACAAAAAGAAAAAAAUAGAAUAGCAAUGGCGAAGGAAAUUCAAAAAAGGAGAGAACAAUUGGAAGAAUAUGAAAGAAAAAAAUAUAUUGAAACGCUAGAAAGAGAAAAAAAUGAACAUAAAAAAGAAAAACAAAAGCAACUUGAGUUAUUAAAAAGAGAGUAUGAAGCAAAAUUUGGUAUUGAAUAUAAACAUGAAGAAGUAAAAAAAAGUAUAAACGAAUUAACAGAAAAUGAAAGAAGAGAAGAAAUAGCUAUUUUACUAAAUAGUUUGAAAAAUAAAAAUAAAGACAAAAAAAAAGAGUUAAUAAGUUCAUUAAACAUUUUAAAAACUUAUUUUGGUAACAUAAAAGAUAAUAUUCUAGAAAAAAAGUAUCAAAGAAUUAAAAAAGAAAAUAAAAUAUUUGUUGAAAAAAUAAAAAUUUAUGAAGAAAUGUUAAAAAUUUUUUUAUUAGUUGGUUUUGAGGAUACAGGUGAGUUUUAUGUAAUAAAAAAUUAUCCUAACACUUAUUUACUUUCAUCUGCUAUGAAGUUUAUUGACUUAAUUAUAAAAACACUAAAUCAAUAA